AUGGGUUACCAGGUGAGGUUCGGUAUUCUAGAAGCUGGAGCUUAUGGAGUUUCUCAGUCACGAAAGCGAGCAUUCAUAUGGGCAGCUGCGCCAGAUGAGAAUCUCCCAGAGUGGCCAGAGCCAAUGCAUGUCUUUGGUGUACCGGAGUUGAAGAUCUCAUUGUCAGGGAACUCAUAUUACUCUGCGGUUAGAAGUACUGCAGGUGGGGCUCCUUUCCGUUCCAUAACUGUCAGAGACACAAUUGGAGAUCUCCCAGCUGUAGGGAAUGGAGCAUCCAAGGUCAAUCUGGAGUACGAAAGCGACCCCAUAUCAUGGUUCCAGAAGAAAAUCCGAGGGGAGAUGGCUGUUCUGACUGAGCACAUUUCGAAAGAAAUGAACGAGCUGAAUCUCAUUCGAUGCCAGAGGAUUCCAAAGCGGCCAGGCGCUGAUUGGCAAUGUCUUCCAGACGAAAAGGUGAAGCUCUCCACUGGACAGAUAGUUGACUUGAUCCCAUGGUGCCUUCCCAACACAGCCAAGCGCCACAAUCAGUGGAAGGGCCUGUUCGGAAGGCUUGACUGGGAAGGCAACUUCCCAACCUCCAUCACAGAUCCUCAACCAAUGGGGAAGGUGGGAAUGUGCUUCCACCCUGACCAGGACAGGAUUCUGACAGUUCGGGAAUGCGCUCGGUCUCAAGGAUUCAGGGAUAGCUACCAGUUUUCGGGCAACAUUCUUCACAAGCACAGGCAGAUUGGAAAUGCAGUUCCUCCUACUUUGGCCUAUGCGUUGGGACGAAAACUCAAGGAAGCAGUGAACAGCAAGAACAAGGAACAGGAGUAG